AUGAAGAAGAAGCACGUGCACGAGCAGCAGGCGCGCCUUCCCCAAGGCCAUGACUGCACGGAGCAGGACCACUCUCCGUCGUCUGGCAACCAAGGCAGCGACGUCGACGGCGACGGCGAGGCGUCGCCAUUCCCCUCCACCGAGGAAGCGUCUCAGCAGCAGCAGCCGCCCGGGGUGGAUCUUCCUGAAGGCGCCAUCGUGGAGAUCCUGUCCAGGGUGCCCUACAGGUCGCUCUGCCGCUUCAAGUGCGUGUCCAAGCCAUGGCUGGCCCUCUGCUCAGACCCGACUGUCCGCAAGAGGUCGCUGCAGACCCUGUCCGGCUUCUUCUUCAAGGACCAUGGCCGCUUCAAUUUCCGAAAUUUGUCCGGAAAAGGGCCCCCUUUGGUCGACCCUUCGCUCCGUUUCUGGCGCGGGAUCUACGACUGCUUCUCGGUCGAGCAGUGCUGCAGCAGCCUCCUCCUUUGCAAAUGUUUGCAAUCACGUCACCAGGAAGACGAAUGUGAUUACGUCGUGUGCAAUCCUAUGACAGGGCAGUGGACCGUGCUGCCUCCCAUAGGAUGGCUGGAUGAAGAGGAUGGUGCUAUGGUGUAUUUCGAACCGAUAAGGGAUAUCUUCCUGGGUUUCGACGCGGCAGCUCCGUCCCGCUUUGUGGUGUUUGUGCCCCUGACCAACUGUUUCUGCGAAUUCACAGAGGUGGCCAUCUACUCGUCGGAAACCGGACGCUGGACCAAGGUGCAGAGUGAGUGGGGAUACAAAACUAUUCUGGUUGGGAAUUCAGAAUGCGUCUUCCUCAACGGCACCAUGCAUUUGGCUACCCAUUAUGCUUUAGUGGUCACCGUCGACAUGGAGGGGAAGGCUUGGAGGGAAAUUGAAAUGCCUGAGCACUCGCCAGACACAAAUCAGUUGGCUUCCAUUGGGAAGUCACAAGGACGCUUGUAUGCGUGGCAAAUUGAAGACGAUCAUGAUUGCCAACUCUAUGUGUGGGUUCUUGAAGAUUAUGGUGGUGGAAAUUGGACCCUCAAGUAUACUGUUAACGUUCCAGAACUGUUUGGGAGGCAACCUGGCCAAGAUGAUAUGUCCUAUAAGGUGUUUGCGAUUCAUCCAGAUUGUGAUUUGAUUUUUCUUACAGACGAGGAGGAGAUGGCAGUGUCGUAUGAUAUGGAGAAUCAGAAAGUCAAUGCUACCUGCACUUUUUCUCAAGAACUCGAGGAUGUUCUACCUUACGUCCCAUGUUUUGCAGAAUGGGCUUCAGAUGCUCACUGA